CCAAAAUACGGCAACACCACCACCGUUCGCUCUUGUGCCAUCCACAAUMUGCAUAUUUCGCUUUUUAUAAAAUCAGUUUGAUUUCAAUUGGCGCUUAUUUUACCUGUGUUGAAAUAUUUGUUUGUUUUUCUUUUGACAAUUUUGUUAAGGAAUUUUAUAUAUAACAACAUAAACUUAUCAGUAUUAUAUUUGUGUUAUAAGUAAACAGUUUAAGAGCUAUAAACAUGAGUGAUAAUAUGCGUGUGAAUGUUUCAAAGGGACGUGCCGAUGCUGAAAUGGCAAAUGCAGCAGCUGCUGCCGGCUCGCAUCCUGAUGUAGAUGAAGAGAUCAGCGUGAUCCAGAAUAUGACAUCAUUUCUAUUGGAGCAUGGCGGUGCUGAUGUGGACUCGAAAGUGCUGCGUACAAUUGCGGAGGCGCUUUCCAAACGUUUAAAUGACACGAGUCCGAGCACACUGAAGGAUGUUACAAUGGAGCAUUCAUAUGGUGUUGGAUUUCCCUGUGUAAGCCUACAGGGCCACGGCACGACCUCGCCGCCGGUGCAGGGUCGCUCCGUGCGCGAAUUCGAAGAGCAAAUGGCAUCGCUGCGCAAAGAGAAUUUCAAUUUGAAGCUGCGACUAUAUUUUCUCGAGGAAAGUGUGCCAGGUUAUCAUCAAGCGAAUGCCGAGGGUCAUGAAUCGCUUAUGAAGCAGCUGAUUGAGACAAAGGUUGAAAUUGAAAUUUUACGUAAGGAACUGGARCAGAAACAGGAGUUAUUAAAGGAAGCUGCGCAGGCUAUGAAUCACAUGGAGGAUAUACAGAAAGAAACUGAGUCAAAGGGGCAGGCUUUUAUUGAGGAACUGAAGCAGAAGAUACAGUUUUUGGAGAUGGAACGCGAUUUGGAUAAGACUCAGCAAAGCGGUUUUAUGAACGAUUUGCUUGGACAUUCAGAGAUUUCGGAAAAUGUCAAUACUUUACAAAAAAUACGUGAGCUUGAGGGCAUGGUCACACAGUCGGAGAGUAAAAUAAUUGCAAUGCAAACACAGAACAACAAGUUCGAAGAGCUGCUUGCGAAGCGUGAUGAGACAAUCAACGAAUAUGAAGAGAAAGUAAAGGAAUUGGCUUUCCAAAAUGCUGAACUCUUGGAGAUGAUGGAGAACAAGGAAAAGGAUAUGGCCAAUAUUGAGCUUAAUUUGAAAAGUCUACGUCUGUGCAAUGCCGAUCUGAAGGAAGAUAAUAGCAAUUUAAUUGAAGCUUUGAAGUCCACUCAAGAUAAUUUCCAUAAAGAGUAUUCAAAUAUGAAAGUAUGUGAAAAGCGCAUGCGCGAACAGCAGGAUGCAUUAAGCCAAAUGCAACGCGACUUGAAGGAGAAGAAGAUCGCSUUGGCUGAUAAACUGUGCGAGUUGGACGAUGCGCAACAGGAGUUGGURAAGCUGCGCAAAAGCUAUGACACCGCCUGUCGUACGCUGCAACAGCUCUUGCAACGCGAGAAGCAGCAGCAACAAGAUGGCGGCAAAUCAUUGAGCGACUCGGAGGCUUUACAAAAUCACAUUCAGAAAUGCGAUCAUGAGAAUACGAUUAAGAAUCUGGAAGCCGAAGUCAAGAAGAAGACUGCAGCCUUGCAGAAUCUCGUCAACAAUGAACUUUGGCAAAAGAAUCGUGAAAUCGAACGUCUCACAAAGUUGGUCAAUGCUAAUACGACAUCACCACUCUCACCAACAGCCGCCCGCAAGAAUCUUGAGUCCCUCCAAUUGCAGCAAUCAUUCACCGAAACUGAUUACGCCAAAGCGCUGGAGCACAACAAACUGCUACAACGUAAAGUGGAUGUGCUGAAUCAGCGUUUGAUCAGUGGACGCAGCAAUGAAGCGCUGAUCGAAGAAUUGCGUUUAGAAGCGCGUACAGCACGUGCCGAAGCCGACAAUGCAGAAACCUGUCGAGUCGCAUAUGCCAAAGUUUUCGGUGCGCUAUCGGAUCGUCUCUACGAGUUAGCCGGUUUCCUCAAUUCGCUUAUGAAGCACAAGGAGGUSUUGAGUUUCYUGUCAACAGAUCGCCGACGUGCCAUGCGCACAGCUGUCGACUGCAGUCUCGACUUAUCGACGAGCAUACGUGAGACGCUGACCACCGGUGAUCAAAGCUUUGAAGGUUUAAGCAAUUUAUCGCGCCUGCUAUUGGACGACGAUGAACAUGAAGUUGUUGGACUCACCAAUAAGACAUUCAAUUCGCACGAACACUUGCGUACGCGUCACUCCUUCGAUGUGCUGCGCUCGGAGAAUAAGGCCUUGCGUAAGAUAUUGGAUAGUCGCCGCAGUUGUGGCGGCACUGCAGACUAUGCGAAGGAUGCUAAAGAUCGACGCUCAUUGCCACCAUUUUUGUUAGAUAAUCUGAGCGAAUCGGAAGCGUGGUCCGAACCAGAUCGUCAAGUAUCGAUGGCGCGCAUUGGUUUGGAGGAGCACGGCGCUGCAGCGACAAAUGUCUCAGUGAAGGACACGAUCAGCAWGCAAGCGCCAGCAACKGCCGACACKGACAGCGAGAGCGAAAGUGAUGCGUUGCAGCAGAGCCGCACCACAAAACUGCGCAAUCAGGAGCGUAUUACGCAGCUGGAGAAAUUGAUUACACAGCGUGAUGAGCGCAUCUUAAUGGUGCAGUUCCAAUUGGUCGAGGCUGACAACAAUCUGAAGAAGGAAUCUCUACGUGCCAUAUCGCUGACGCAAGAAGUCGAACAGUUGCGUCAACGCAAUGAAGAAUUAAUCACCGAUCUGAUCGCGAUYGGCAGUGAGCCGUCCAAUAAUAGCAACGCUGCCAUCAACAGUUCGGUUAUACAGCGGCAGAUUGAUGAGAAAACGCGCGCCGUCGAACAAUUGCAAGCGGAGCGUGAUCGUAUCGCGGUGGAGGCGCGACUCGCUGAAGUGCAAGUGGRCGCGCUGAAAGCCGACAUUGAAGACAUCAAGCAAAAGUAUGAAAUACAAUUGAAGUUGGCCAGCGAAAAAGAGCGUCAGCGCUUGGAUACGCUCAAACAUGAAUUGGAGGAGCUCAUGCAACAACGCCURAAGGAGCAAGAGCGCAUACACAAAGACACGCUGACACGUGAAUGGAUAGCGCGCACCACUUACGAAGAGUGCAAAGCGCAACUAACCGAACUGCAAACACAAUACAUUGRGGCGCAACGCARCAUCGACUACCUGACGGAAAACGAGCAAGAACUCAAAGAAUCGCUGAUCACCAGCGAAAUGGAAGUGCGCAGCCUCAAAAAGCAAUUAGACGAAAGCGUGCUGCAAGCAUCCAAAUUUAUUACCGAACGCACAAAACUAUACAAUGAGAAGUUGCAAGUGGAGAAACGUCUAAUGGACGUGCAACAACAGCUGAGCACAGCUGAAAUACAACACACGACAACAGCACAGCGUGUCAAAGAGCUGGAAGCGCUGCAACAAACGCUGAACGAACAAUUGGCGCAAGCCCARUURGCCUUGGCCGCUAAACAUCUAAAUGCYAGCGAUGCAUCUCAGUCGGGCUACGCCUCGGACGAAGUGCAGAAGUCGAGUACGAAACGCGAAAGCAAUUCGUCGCCCGAUUUGGGUAUACACAGCGAYACGGGACGUGUGUCCAGCGUGGAAUUGUCCAAUCUGCAACGUUCGCUGCUAAAKACUGUGCCUAUGCCAAGCGGUGGUGAGAAAGUCACGCAGGAAGAUGUCAGAUACAGCAAACAGGAUAAGAGUAACAUGAAUGCUCUAGCAAGCAAGCGCCCACAACAUAGCUCAUCCUCUGAUCUGGGUAUUGAGAGCGAUACGGGACGCACGUCCAGCAUGGAUAUCAAAAAUGAAUCCCCAACCCGCACAGAGACGGAUGACAGCAACACAGAGAAUAAGAUGAGUGUGGCGAACGUGAAUACGAGUGCAACCGCCACUGUUGGCGCCAACACAGGCUCCCAUCCCAUACACGAUUGCAUUAAGGUAGAACAAGAAAAUGCCGAAUUGCGACGCAAACUCGUACAAACGAAGCGCGCAUUCGAAGAGACCUAUAAAAAAUUGCAUAUUGCAAAUCAGCGUAAAGAAACCUUCCAGAAAGAAAUUAAAGAUCAAAUACUAAAAACGAAAAAUGUACUAAAAUAUGCGCGCCUCCAUAUGGCUAAAGUGCAACAAACAAAUGCACCGCAUCAUCAUGAAACCGAAGCACAUGAGCAAGAAACACAACACAAUCAACAACAGCAAAAACAACAUCAUCAUCAACAACAACAACAACAACGUAAUGUAACAAAUGAUGGUGGCGCCAGCACGUCAAAAUCAAGUAGUGAUGCACCGCAUUAAUGUGUUAUUAUUGUUUUUGGAUAACUCAUCCAAGCACAUAUACACACUCACGCACACACAAACAGCGAGAUUACUAAAUUUUAGCGCCUAGUGAAUGUAACUAARUGCACGUGCAGUCAAUUAAUUGCAAUUGCACUCACUUCGCAUUAAACACUGACACACCCCCACAUACAAAUAAAUAUAUUUACAUGACAUACCUAUAUGCUAAUUUAGACAAAUAUUAGUUUAAUUAGCACAUAAAUGCUUAGUUAUUAAGCUAAUUUUAUAGCAUUUAAGCACUUUACUCAUACAAACAUACAUAUUUAUAUAUAAGGAAGUUAUUUUUGUUAUUGUUUAAUUUUUGCUAUUCAA